AUGUCAAAGUAUCUAGUUCCCGUGUGUGCUUCAAUUUCAUUGGUUGCCGUUUUUGGCGCCUUGGUUGCCAUGCAUUCGAUCGUCGUGGAUAUUGACACGAUGAGAGAGGAAAUUGUCACUGGAGUUCAUGAGAUGAAGGUGAUGUCUGAUGAUGCUUGGAACCGUAUGAUCGGAAUGACCAAGCCAAACCUUGAUGCCGAUUCCCGUUCUGCUGCCUUCGCCAGCAUCUUCCGUAACAAACGUUCCGCCUAUCCAUCCCAAUGUAACUGCGAUGCCAACUCACUCGGAUGCCCACCAGGACCACCAGGACCACCAGGACUUCCAGGAGGACGUGGAGACCAAGGACCAUCUGGAGACAAGGGACGUGACGGAGCUUCUGGAGUCUCUUUGGCCGUCACCCAUCAUCUUCCAGGAGGAUGCAUUCAAUGCCCACAAGGACCAGCCGGAGAGCCAGGACCAGAUGGAGAUGUCGGAGAGCCAGGAUUCCCAGGAUCCUCUGGAUCAGCUGGACAAUGUGGAGAGGACGGAGCACCAGGAGAGGCUGGAAUCACCGGAGAACAAGGACCACCAGGAGAGCCAGGAAUCGAGGGAGCUCAAGGACCAACUGGACAGGACGGAACUAUCGGAGGACCAGCUCUUCCAGGACAACCAGGAACACCAGGAUGGCCAGGAUCUCAAGGAGAACCAGGAAAGAAUGGAGACUCUGGAACUGAUGGAGAGCAAGGACCACAGGGACCACAAGGACCAGCUGGACAGCCAGGACGUGAUGCCGAUGAUGGACAACCAGGAUUGCCAGGAAAGGACGGAUCCAUUGGACCAGACGCCAACUACUGUCCAUGCCCAGCCAGAGCCAAGAAGCACUAA